UGCUAUAUAAAAAAAGUGCCCUUGAGAGUUAUAAAUUUCAUACUCAUAUGAAAACGCCAUAGGUAAGGAAACUUACCAGAUUUGGCAUCUGAUCUUUAGUAAUGGACCCAGAAGCAACUUUGGUUUAUUUGGAUUACUAUACUGCAAGUCCAGACCCUGAUAUCAAGGAGACCCACCCCCAUGCUCCUUACACAUCUGUCUUCCUUCCCAUCUUUUAUACAGCUGUGUUCCUGACCGGAGUGCUGGGGAACCUGGUCCUCAUGGGUGCGUUGUAUUUUAAGCAGGGCACCCGAAGACUGAUUGACAUCUUCAUCAUCAACCUGGCUGCUUCCGACUUCAUUUUCCUUGUCACAUUGCCCCUCUGGGUGGACAAAGAGGCAUCUCUAGGACUGUGGAGGACGGGCGCCUUCCUGUGCAAAGGCAGCUCCUACAUGAUCUCAGUCAACAUGCACUGCAGUGUCUUCUUGCUCACUUGCAUGAGUGUUGACCGCUACCUGGCCAUCAUGUGCCCAGCCAUAGCCAGGCAAGUCAGAAGGAGAAACUGCGCCUAUGGAGUCUGUGCCUGUGUCUGGUUUAUCUCCUGCCUCCUGGGGCUGCCUACUCUCCUCUCCAGGGAACUCACGCUGAUUGAUGAUAAGCCAUACUGCGCAGAGAAGAAGGCAAGUUUCAUCAAGCUGGCCUGGGCCCUGGUGGCCUUAAUUGUCACCUUUUUUGUCCCCUUGCUGAGCAUCGUGACCUGCUACUGUUGCAUCACAAAGAAACUGUGUACUCAUUACCAGCAGUCAGGAAAGCAUAACAAAAAGCUGAAGAAAUCCAUCAAGAUCAUCUCUAUUGUGGUAGCAGCCUUUGUGGUGUGCUGGCUGCCCUUUAAUUCUUUCAAGCUCCUGGCCAUUGUCUCCGGGUUGCAGCAAGAACUCUAUUUUUCUUCAGCCAUUCUUCGGCUGGGCAUGGAGGUGAGUGGGCCCUUGGCAUUCACUAACAGCUGUGUCAACCCUUUCAUUUACUUUAUCUUUGACGGCUACAUCCGCCGGGCCAUCAUACACUGCUUGUGCCCUUGCCUGAAAAAGUAUGAUUUUGGGAGCAGCACGGAGACGUCAGAUAGUCAUCUCACUAAGGCUCUCUCCAACUGCAUUCAUGCAGAGGGUGAUACCAGGAGGAGGAAGAGGUCUGUGUCGCUCUAAAAUGAAUUGUGACAUUUCAAGCUCUGGUGGUGGGUUAGGAAGCUGAUUUUUGUCACACGAAAAGAGGAGAAAUGUAUUAAUGAUAGGAUUUGUAUUGCUUCCUAAGUUCAAGAGUUCAUUUUUUAACAGGACUGAAAAGUCCCUGUGUUGUGGAUAUAAUUAGGUCAUGUGCUGUUUUUUUCAGUCGAGCCCUCAUUUGAUCCUUGCCAGUCAAAUUCACUAGGCAAAAUACAAUUCCCAUCUGUCCUUGAACUGUCAGAUAAAGGCUCCUGCUUGAAGAUUCCUCAUGAUUGUUAAUACACUUUCAGAACUUUCCUCUCUCAAAAACCAUGGUUUUACCUUCACCCACACCACUUUUCAGACUGAGCUACAUGUUGGACUAUGCUUAAAAGAUUCUGCCUACUUUCAUCUGGUAAAAAAAAUGUGGUGACAAUGCAGGAAACAAAAAUUAUAAUGUACCCGCACUCUGUAAUUAAUUGUUCCUGAGUUACUAAACUGGAUUCUGCCCUCAGUCUUUAAAGCUUUGUACAGUGGUUCCUCAUCCUCUUCCAAUAUUCAUCUUAUGCCCAUUCACAGUGACUAUGAACUGGAAAAAACUCAUGAAGUAAAAUUAUGCUGCAUUGUUUUUAUAACUUUGGACUUACUUUAUCACCUGGUCUUCCAGAGUAUUUUAACAAAUAAGCGUGGUGCAAGAUUUGACCUUUGCCUUAUGAGAUACAUUAGUAGAAAUGUAAUGUGUAGCAAUUACUUUUAAUGGGACUUUACUUUGCUCUUUUGUUUUCAUUGCCUUUACAAAUUAGAAUUUGACUUUAGUUUAAUUACAUGUUUUCAGUUACCCAGUUAUCUAGUUAUCAAAUAAAAAUGUUACUCUUAAUAUAA